AUGGCUUCCAAAUUCUCAUUUGUUGUCCUAUUUCCCAUUUUAUUAUUAUCUCUCAUGUCAAGCGCAACAUUUGCGCGUGACUUCUCCAUCGUGGGAUAUUCCCCCAAUGACUUGAAUAGCAUCGAUAACAUCAUCAAUCUCUUCGAGACGUGGAUGGAGAAACACAACAAGAUUUACAAGAGCAUUGAAGAGAAAUUGCAUAGAUUUGAGAUUUUUAGAGACAAUUUGAAACACAUUGAUGAGAGGAACAAUAAUGUUAGUAAUUAUUGGCUUGGUUUGAAUGAAUUUGCUGAUUUAAGCCAUGAUGAAUUCAAGAAAAUGUAUUUAGGACUCAAAGUUCAAAAUGAAAAGAGAUCAAAUGAUGAAUUUAUUUAUAGUGAUUUUGUGGAUUUGCCUAAGUCUGUUGAUUGGAGAAAAAAGGGUGCUGUGACUGAUGUCAAGAAUCAAGGCUCAUGUGGUAGUUGUUGGGCGUUUUCAACGGUAGCGGCAGUAGAGGGAAUAAACCAAAUAAAAACAGGGAAUUUGACAUCUUUGUCUGAACAAGAGUUGAUUGAUUGUGACACAAAAUACAAUAGUGGUUGCAAUGGUGGCCUUAUGGAUUAUGCUUUUCAAUUUAUUGUUUCACAAGGUGGUCUUCACAAAGAGGAUGACUAUCCUUAUCUCAUGGAGGAAGGCACUUGUGAUGAAAAAAGAGAUGAAAGUGAAGUGGUGACAAUAGAUGGUUACCAUGAUGUGCCUGCCAAUGAUGAACAAAGUUUGUUGAAAGCUCUUGCUAACCAACCUUUGAGUGUUGCCAUUGAGGCUUCUAGUAGAGAUUUCCAAUUCUACAAAGGGGGUGUGUUUGAUGGACAUUGUGGAACAGCAUUGGAUCAUGGAGUGGCAGCAGUUGGAUAUGGAUCCACAAAAGGGUUGGAUUACAUCAUUGUCAAGAACUCUUGGGGGACAAAAUGGGGAGAAAAAGGUUUUAUUAGGAUGAAGAGAAAUAUAGGCAAAGCUGAAGGCCUUUGUGGAAUCUACAAAAUGGCUUCUUUCCCUACCAAAAAUAAGUGA